AUGAUACAUAGACACGGUUACCAGCGAGUGUCUUCACAAGAGAGUGCUUUAUCACAAGUAUCCAAUUGGGAUCGAUAUCAACAAUUACAACAGAUGAAACAAACUUCAGGUAGUAAUACUAGUAUUAAUAAUUCAAAAGAAAGAGAAAAGAUAAAUAUUCAACCAUUUGAUAAUAAUAAUAAUAAUAACAAUAGUAAUGGCCAUGGAAUUAAAAGACGUCAUUCAUCACGUCGUCAUCGUCAUAAAGAUUUUACAACACAAACAGAAUUAAAUAAUCUUCAAAAAAAGAAUAAUUUCUUAUUUCCAAGAGGUUUUAUAACAUUAAAGAAAAGAAAUAAUAAUAAAACUAAAAAUCAAAUAAAGACAAAUUCAAGGUAUAGAAAUUAUAACGAAUUAAAUGAAAUGAUGAAUUUGAUUGAUUUGAAAACUCUUGAUACGGAACAAAUAUUACCUUUACCAAGAAUUUCAAUAUAUAAUGUAAAUGGUCAAAAUGCAAUGACUGCUCAAAUACGAUCUUCUUCAACGGUCCCAAGAAAUAUUUAUAAGAGACAACCAUCAAUAAAAAGAGUUUAUAUACCAAUGACAGAGACACAACUCAGAUUAUUGCAUUUAAAACGUUCAAAUACUAUGCCAACUCAGCAAAGACGAUAUCAACAUCAAAGAACAUAUAUGAAAAAUGCAAGUAAAAAACAUCAAGAGGAAGAAGAGGAAGAAAAGAGGUCUCAAAGGCAAUUACGUUCAUUAUGGGAACAAUAUUUACGUGCAAUUAUACAUCAAAGAAUUCAAUUACGAUUAGAAUUAAUGAAAGCACAAUCUGUGACAUCAUUACAAUCACGAGAUAAUAAUCCUGAAUUCAUUGCAAUGAUGAGAUCUAAAAAAGGUGAUAACAAAGAUAAUCCAAUCAUAAUACCAGACGACCUUUCCUUUGAUUCUAAGAGAAAGAUGUAUUGA